AUGGAAGCUUCAAUGCUCUCGGGCCUCGUUGCAGUUGAACCUGCCCUUGCUAAAUCCCAAGAUGAUGACCUCUAUCGACCUUUGACAGCACCCCCAAAAACAGUCCCAAGAAUGCCCAUUGGUGCAUCUCAAAGAGAAUCGUUCGAACUCCAUGAUAUUCCAAUCCGAGAUGAUCGCACAAGAGACGCAUCCUCUGCCAACGCCAGCAAUGACCUUGAAAUGAGUCGACCCAACACUCCAGACUCCAAUACCGAAGUUGUCGAAGUUCUAUCUACCUUUUGGAACCCAUUUAUGAACCGUUUCAGAGCCCUUUUCGGCUGCCUUGCGCAGCUGGGGUACGGCACGGUAUCUCUAAUUUUUGUCGGGCAAGCUAUUGGAUUCAUCGCUGCCGCCGUAUUCUUAGACGUCCUGCGAGCCAAACUUGGUCGAGCCAAGCUCCUCGGGCUGGGCCAAGCCCUGGUCACUUUGGCCUACAUACCUAUUAUCUGCGGAGCGCCCUUUGGAGUUGUCGUCGUCUCCUUUUUCUUCAUCGGCUUCAGCAUUUCGGUCAACGUCGCCAUUGGAAAUCUCUUCUUUGGCGGGCUCCGAAACGGAACAUUCAUGCUUGGUAUCCUCCAUGGUACUUAUGGAAUAGGGGGAACGAUUGGACCGUUAAUCGCCACUGCACUUGUCACAGCUGCCAAUGCAGUAUGGAACCGAUACUACAUCAUCACAUGUGCUCUAGGUGCCGUGACUUUUGUUCUGGGAACCUGGGCAUUCUGGACAUACGAAAAGGAGAUGAGUCCUGCAACACGUCAGAGAGAGACAUCCCAGGCAGGAGAGUCAAUGAUGAACAGCAUGUUCCUCGCUAUGAAGCUGCGCAUCGUAUUUCUGGGUUCUCUCUUCAUCUUUGCCUACCAGGGAGCUGAAGUUUCCAUCUCAGGUUGGGUCAUCUCUUUCCUCAUCGAAGACCGUGAUGGUGACCCUUCUUCGGUCGGUUAUGUAACAGCAGGCUUUUGGGCAGGCAUCACAAUUGGCCGCUUUCUCCUAUCUGCCCCUGCUCAGCGAAUAGGCGAGAAGAAACUCGUCUACUUCCUCACCAUCGGCGCACUGGCUUUUGAACUUCUUGUUUGGUUCGUGCCGAACAUUGUAGGCAACGCCAUCGCUGUCUCUAUUGUCGGUCUCUUCCUUGGCCCUAUCUACCCAUGCGCUGCGGCGGUCUUCCUUCGUGGCAUGAGCCGACGUGAGUCUCUCAGUGGAAUCGGGACAAUCAGUGCUUGUGGUAGUGCCGGAGGAGCGGUUGCGCCUUUCAUAACCGGUCUCCUUGCUCAGGCCGUUGGCACAUUUGUACUCCACCCUAUUGCGAUUUUUCUUUUCAUUGUCAUGCUGGUGUGCUGGUACUUUCUCCCCACAGAGGAUAAGAGAACUGAGUAA